ACUUCCUUUCCGCGGGCCUCAAGUCUCCCAGUCUGUUAAAUGGUGGGGGCGGGGUGGGCUUGGUGGUAUGGAGGGCCUGUCAGGCUCUCGCCAUUCUGCAGGAGGCCGAGCUUGUUUGUCCUGGAGUGAUCCCUGCUCAUUCCUAAACUCUCGAGACAGUGGGUUGUACUGAAAAUAGUUCUGGGUCUGCUGUCAGAAAACCUGGCCCGAGUUCCAGAUUCUGCCUCUGUCAGUUGGGCAGAUCCCUUCUUCCCUCCUUGCACAAUGGGAAGAUCGGAUUAGAUUGGUAGGAGGUCUCUUCCAGCCCUAAUUUGUUAAUUUAGGUGGUAAGGCCCCUUGAUAGAGGAUGAAUGAACACGGAGAGCCGUCCCGGAUUGCAAAUGUCAGCAGUUCUUUCCCACUUGGGGUGCUCCUGUAUAGACUUUAGGCUUCAUUAAAUUUAGGGUUGCAUUUCUCAGAGGCAUUCUAAAUGUGAGCCUGGGAGAGAAUGGCGGACCAGCAUCAAGCCCCGUAAUUAGCUUGUUACAUGACCUUUGUGACUUGUCAGAACAAACUAGGAAGUACGUCCUGGCCAGUGGAUUCUACCUUAUUUCAUUUUUGUGCUUUUCUUUUUGUAAUCCUGUCCCUUUUCUUCUUCUUCAAAGUUGGGAAGUAGAAUCAGGAACUGACGACAGUGUAGUAUAGUAAAAAGAACACUGGGUUUCAAAUCCUAAGAUUUAGCAUUGAGUCCUGAAUCUUCUGCUUACUAGCUGUGUGGCUUUGGCCAUAUAUUCUCCUGGGGCUCAGUUUAUCUUUAAAAUGAGGAUGUCGGGCUCAAGGAAUCUUCCCAGCCCUAAGUUCUAUGAUCCUAUGGAAAAUAAAGUUAAUAUUCUUUGAUCAGCUAACAAAAGCACUAGGCAGGUUAGACUAUUGUACAAAAAUGUGAAAUGGGAUAGUACAAUAUGUUGUGUUUCUAUGUAUGCUUCCUCUAAGUUAAAAUUGGUAGAGGAAACAUCAAGUGUAUUUUGUGUUUGCCUUCUUCACACAGGACAGAAUGCAGUAGCAAGAAAGCUGAUUUUAAGUCUGGUAGAUAUCAGAUAACUGUGAUGUCUUGAACCCUUGGAGGGUUUUGGAAGUUCAUCAGGUUUAAAUGGAAAUUUUGGCAGCUGGAGCUUCUUGAUGGCCCUUCAGUGAUUUGCCAGUAGAUUCUAGGGCAUCAUUGCUUUGGUUUAGUUCGGGUUUUGGGGGAGAAGUCAGAAAGGGUAUCCCUACUGUGGAAAAUGUUUGCCAGACUUAAAAAGAAGAUUGCAGAGGAGGCUGCCAUUGCACCACGGCCAGGAGGAGCUACACGAAUCCCAAGGUCUAUCAGCAAGGAGUCAGUUGCUUCUGUGGGGGCUGACUCAGGAGAUGACUUUGCUUCAGAUGGUAGCAGUUCUCGAGAAGACCUUUCAUCCCAGCUAUUUAGAAGAAAUGAACAGAUAAGAAAACUAGAGGCCAAACUUUCUGAAUAUGCUGAACAGGUGCGAAACUUGCAGAAGAUAAAAGAGAAGCUUGAAAUUGCAUUAGAAAAACAUCAGGAUUCUUCCAUGAGGAAAUUUCAAGAGCAGAAUGAAACAUAUCAAGCCAACAGAGCCAAAAUGGCAGAAGGAAUGGCUUUGGCAUUAGCAAAAAAGGACCAGGAAUGGGCAGAGAAGUUGGCUCAGCUUGAAAAAGAUAAAAGGCUGUUGGCAGCUCAGUUACAGGAAAUGAAGAACCAAAGUUUGAAUCUGUUCCAAAAGAGGGAUGAAAUUGAUGAAUUAGAGGGAUUCCAGCAGCAGGAGCUAGCUAAAGUCAAGCACAUGCUUUUGAAAAAGGAAGAAAGUCUGGCAAAAAUGGAACUGGAAAUGGAAACAAGAACCAGAGAACUGAGUCAUGCACAAGAAGAACUGUUGGCAUCUAGUCAGGUCUGUUCAGAUUUAAGCUGUGAGCUGGAGAUGUUGCAGAGGCAGUAUUCAGCGCUGGAAGAACAGAGGGAUCACUUAUUAGCUGCAGAAACAGGUGCAGAAAAUAAGAUCACUACUUUGGAGCAGAGGGAACAGGAACUACAAAUGUUCAUUCAGCAGCUUUCUGUUGAUUUGCAAAAGGCUGCUGUCAAGGCUGAAGAGGGAGAAAAACUCAUCAAACAUUUGCAGGAAAAAGUUUUGUCCCUGGAGAAGAGACUAGAAGGAAACUUGUCAGGGGAGGAACAUGUGCAGGAGCUACUUAAAGAGAUCACAAAACUGAAUAGUCAAGUAACUGGCAGCCAUGCAUUACUUCGUGAGAAAGAAGAUUUUAUAAAAGGAUUAAGAGAAAGCAGCCUUAGUCAGGUAAAAGAACUUGAGGAAAUGCUGCAGAUUUCAGAUGAGAAGCUCAAGAAGAGCAGUGAAAUAAUGAUUGAAAAAGAAGCACAGAUUCAGAGGCUUUCCACUUUGGCGGAAGAAAGCAGCAAAUUGCAACAGCACGUCUUGGUCCUGGAGCAGCAGUAUGCAGAGCAGGGGAACCGACUGGAGGCUGAAAUAGCUGCCCUUGAGAAAGCUCGAGAGUCUGACAAAGCAGCAGCAAGCCACCAGAUACAACUGCUCGAAGAAGAAAAUGCAAACCUUAAAGAAAAUAGAAAUGAAUAUGAAAGUUCUUUAGAAGCCCAUAAGCUUGAGUUGAAGAAAUUGAAGGAAGAAUGGAGCCAGAGAGAAACUGUUAAUGUGGAAAUUGCCAAGGCACUGGAAGAAACCCGGAAACAAAGGGAAGAUUUUCAACAGCAGGUUGCUGACCUAACAACAUUAAUAAAGGAGAAGGAACAGUUUCUCAAUGAGAAAACCGAAGCUCUUCUCCAAAAAGAAGAAGAAAUUGACCAGCUGAAGAAAGGGCAUGACAUUGUCCUGCUUCAGCUGCACCAGUUGCAGAGUGACAUGGAAGCUUGCAGGUGUAAAAAAGCCAAAAGAGAAGAAUCCACAGGGAAAGAGUUGAAUGUGUUGAGGCUGCAGAUAGAAGAAGAAGAGGAGGAGGAAACUCUUGAAGCGCGGAGUGAGCCGAAUGUAAUUGUUUUUGGAGAAACAGCAAAGGAAUUGAGUGAUGAUUUAUACCCACUCUCAAGUGAUGAAAGAACAUUGAAUGGAGAAGUGGAUUGUGUUGAUAUGGUACAGCUACAAAAAGAAAACCGAGACUUGGAGCAGCAGAUCGUAGAGAAAAACAAGACUAUAAAGCAGCUGCAGCAGAGGAUGUUGGAACUCAAGAAGACCCUCCAGAAGGAGCUGAAAAUUCGGCCUGAAAAUGAUAUCUUUGAAGUUCGGGAGAAACCCAAUCCUGAAGUGCCUACCGCUUCAACAACUGUCACCAAUAACUCAGACUUAAAUGAUUCUCGAGAGAUAAAUUUUGAAUACCUCAAGCAUGUGGUUUUAAAAUUCAUGUCCUGUCGGGAAUCAGAGGCUUUUCAUCUCAUUAAAGCCGUGUCUGUGCUACUGAAUUUUUCACAAGAGGAAGAAAACAUGCUCAAAGAGACCUUGGAGUAUAAGAUGUCGUGGUUUGGGUCCAAGCCAUCUCCCAGAGGUAGCAUUCGGCCAUCCAUCUCGAAUCCUAGGGUGCCAUGGUCUUAAAAGAAACCUGAGAAUGGAAAUUCCAUGUGUAGCCACUUUUUCUAUGAAAAGAACACAGCACACCAGUCUGGGUGGGUUUUUUAAUCACUGUAAUUGCAGUAUUUUGUACAAGCUUUGAAACAUUGUUUACAAGACAAAUAAUGGUUAGAGCUUCCUUCAUUGCAAACUAACAGGCCAAUUUCAGAGAUUGGGCCAGUUUUGAAAGGACAGGGUUGCUUUCCAUGGGCUUUUGUGGGUGGGAUGACAAGUAGCUUAAUGGGAAACUCCUCUUUCAUAUAGUGCUGCUAUAAAUCCCCACUUUGGGCCCCAGAAGGUUUGCAUGUGGAUUUCUCUAACCCCUAGUGCUAGCACUUAAGAGUUGUAAUUAUUAGUAUCUAUCCAGAGGGCUAAAUGUCAGUGGACAGCUACUGCUCCGAGGGGUUAAAGUGACUGACAUUAAUGGUACAGGACAACCUGAUUCCUCCAAGUUGCAUCUUGCUGAUUUUCUCGGAACCCCCAUGUGGACUCAUAUGUUUUGUAAAGACGUUCCUAGGCAUUUCCCUUCUAGUGGUUUGGAUCCCAGGGAGGAGAAAAUACUACAAUGUCCUUAAUCCCUCCCACCAGUUCCUGAAGCUAGGUAUGUCCUGACUUCAGAAUGUGUCAGAAGAUAUGAUUUAUGCCUUGGGGGCUGAUAUUAGUCAGCGAGGAAUAUGCAACUUUCUGGAGGGAUCACGUUUUACUUUUCUUAAAGAAAAAAUAUUAAAAAAAGGUUAAUACAGUACUGAAUAUACUCAGUUGCCUUUUUAAACUAGUAUAUGUCUUGUACAGGUUGCUGGUAAACCAUUUUAAAGCAUACUUUUUAAAGCCAAAUUUGCUUGUAAACAUUUCUUCCGUCUUGCAGUCAGUUUACCAGUGUUCUUAGAGAAAAAUCAGAGAGGUAAAAGGAAAUGCCUUCCAUCCUAGAUUCUCUGUCUUUCCCCCUUCAAUUCCAUAGCACUCUUGGACAAUCUCCUGAGAAAUCAGUAUCAGUAUCUUUGUAGCAGAAACCUGGAUUUACUCCCAAUUCUAUGCACAAUUGAGACUGAGCAAACUUUGAUCUGGUAAGGAUAAAAUAUGUUGCCCCUUCUACCCUCAGGCCACAAGCCCAGUUAGAGAUGGAGAACUGCAGCACACCCUCGAUUGCCUUGUAUGUAAAAACACUAAGCCUCCACUAUGUAUAAAUACACUACAGAUUGUAUGUAACAUAUAUAGGAUUUGCAAAGCUGGCUACCUUGAAAUGCUCUGGCUGUGAUUGCUAGGGACCAUUCUAUUUACCAGCUAUUUCUAAGGAAAAAUCAACAUGUAUUCAGCAUAGUAGGAUCUUAAAAUGCAUUUGAAAAGAUCAUUUCAAAACAGUUUGUAGCUUGCUCAAGACUUCUUCCUGGUUAACCACUGACUUAAGAACCAGUUGCAGGAUCAUAUAUAUGUGAAUGUUUCCCAAGCUCUGUUUUCACCAAAUGGUUAUUUCUUCUUGCCAAGUAACAAGGGAGGGAGAUGUUUUCCCAGCAAGAUAAAGAUUUAUAUUGCUUUGCCUAAGUUCUUCAAGAAUGUACAGCAGUGCCUGGUAUUCCCAAAGAGGGGGACAGCAUCACUCUCCCCACAGCUCAGUGUCCAUAUUCAAGCCUAUCCCAGCUGCCUCUCAUUCAAGGGGAGGUUUUAAAAGGCUGAUAAAUUCUUGCCAGGUCUGUGAGCUGAAAUAUUAUUUCCAUUUAUAACAUGACAUGUUUAAAAGCGUUUUUAUUUUUUCUGAACAAGAGGCACUCCUACACAGAACUAAGUUUCUUUUACUUCUAAUACAUUCAGCAUAUGUUCAGCAGAUUUGCCCAGGGGAAAGGGAAAGGAACUACUAAGAUGAGGUUAUGAUGGGCAAGUCUGAGCAGCUACAUACUCAGUUCAAACAAACACACCCUAGACUGGAGUUACACAGGCCCUACUCCUUCCUGCCUGAGUCAUCUGACAUCUCUCUCCCUUGGUGCAGGUUAAUUAUAUAAUUUUGGGAAGCUACCACCUAGGUCUCUGGGUACUUAAAGUAUUUUACUGAUUAAGUAUAUUACUGAACUGAUUAAGGAUUCCUUGCAUGUUGAUUUUUAACUUACGAGCAAGAGUGGUGUAAAUAUAUACUGAGAGAUUGACUGGACACACUUUGACAUGUAUAAACAACACAAAAAACCCUACUAUGGUAAUACAUACAGUCCAUAUGUAUAAUCCUUUAUCUGAGCAUUGGCUCUGGGUCUUUCCCUUCAUGUUGUAAACAUUCAUUGUAUUAUGUAAAACUGUUGAAUUCAUUUGUGGUGCAAUAAUAUUUUUUUGGAUUAAAGCUCCUAAAUCUAG